AAUUAACAUUCAACUUGCGAUUCGCUGGUAGCGUGAAAAAUUGCCAGCAGAUAACCGGAGGAAACAGAACACAUCGUCUGAGAGCCGAAAAGAAACAGCCCCCAUUUCGGUCUGCCGCCGCGGAGUCUGGGAAGCUCAGAAGCAGCGCCAGAAUGGCGGCAAACUCCGAGAAACCAAGUUUCGAAACGUUUCAACUAUUCUCAUCUUCGGACACGUCGGGUCUAGGGUUUCUUGAUUCUCCAGAAACGCCUCUCCCUCCUCCACCUCCUUGCGUCGAAGUACUUUCCUCUGAGAUAUCGUCUUCUGUGAAGUACACUGUGGAGCCUGUGAACUUGGGGGGACUUACUUUGCUCAAGGGCCGGGUUAAUACUCAAGAGGUUUUCGGUUUAUCCAACUCAGAUUUAGUCCCGGGGAAAUAUGAAGGGGGACUGAAGAUAUGGGAAGGUUCACUGGAUCUAGUUAAAGCCCUGUGCUCGGAGGUUAAAAGUGGCAGUUUGUCAUUCAGUGAAAAGCGAGUUGUAGAGCUUGGAUGUGGUCAUGGACUUCCAGGGAUCUUUGCGUGUCUUGAGGGUGCAGCCGCCGUACAUUUUCAGGACUUCAAUGCUGAGGUCAUACGUUGUCUCACCAUUCCCAACGUAAAAGCAAAUCUUUCAGAAAAAAAUGGACCUUUAGCAACACAUGCGAAAAAUUCUGGUGAAGUUCGUUUCUUUGCCGGUGACUGGAGUGAAAUCCAUAAACUUCUUCCUCAUGUACAAGACAAUGAGAAGGAUCUACACUACAGUUCAGAACAAAGUCAAGUUGCUGGUUAUGAUAUUGUUUUAAUGGCAGAAACAGUUUACUCAAUCUCCACUCUCCAAAGCCUCUAUGAACUUAUCAAGAAGUGCACAAUCUGUCGUCAUGGGGUUGUUUACAUGGCAGCAAAGAAACAUUAUUUUGGAGUAGGUGGGGGAACACGGCGGUUCCUAUCUCUGGUAGAGAAAGAUGGUGUUAUGGCUGCUAACCUGGUGGCUGAAGUUGCAGAUGGUUCAUCUAAUGUUCGAGAGGUAUGGAAGCUUUCAUUUAGGUAGAUCCAGAUUUUCAAUUAUGUGGGCUGAAAGCUAUCAUUGUCUUUCUCACCUGUGACCAGUUUUCCCGUUAUUUCUUCUUUAUUUUUUUCUUGAGCCAUAUGUGGACCCAGGCUGCCAUAUGAGGGACCAACUUCAUCGGUAUUUGUCUGUAUUUGGACAAUGAGCGUUAAGGAUAUCCUUUCUUAGAUAAAAAUGUCGAAUUCCCCCCUUUUUGUUUAGGCAUGUCUCUAUGUUUUGUUAUGUUAUAGAAUUAUGCAACUGGACUCCUGUAUUUGACCUUAAAUAUGUGGGAUGAUCUCUAGUAUUUUUUUUUAAAAAAAAAUUGUUCUUCUUU